UGGAGGUGAAGGAUGGGCAGGACGCUGGGCCCUCGGCGGGCGCUGCUGUUUCUGGCGCUGCUGGCGCUGCUGGCACCGGGCCCCGUGGCCCCAGCGGCCAAGCUCAACAUCCCCAAGGUGCUGCUGCCCUUCACGCGGGCCACACGCGUCAACUUCACCCUGGAGGCCUCGGAUGGCUGCUAUCGCUGGUCAUCCACACGGCCAGAGGUAGCCAGCAUAGAACUGCUGGGCACAGACAACAAGCAAUGUUCACAGAGGGCCGUGGUACAGGCCCGCCUGUCCCAGCCUGCCCGCCUGACCAGCAUCAUUUUCGCAGAGGACAUCACCACAGGCCAGGUAUUACGCUGUGAUGCCAUCGUGGACCUCAUCCAUGGCAUCCAGAUCGUCUCUACCACCCGCGAGCUUUACUUGGAAGACUCACCUCUGGAGCUGAAGAUACAGGCGCUAGACUCAGAGGGAAACACCUUCAGCACCCUGGCUGGGCUGGUCUUUGACUGGACAAUUGUGAAAGACACGGAGGCCAAUGGCUUCUCAGACUCCCACAAUGCAUUGCGAAUCCUCACCUUCUCGGAGUCCACGUACAUACCCCCUUCCUACAUCUCAGAGAUGGAGAAAGUGGCCAAGCAGGGUGACACUGUCCUGGUGUCAGGGAUGAAGACCGGAAGCUCCAAGCUCAAAGCACGCAUUCAGGAGGCCGUGUACAAGAAUGUCCAACCAGCUGAGGUGAGGCUGCUGAUUCUGGAGAACAUCAUGCUGAGCCCGGCGUCCGAUGUCUACCUGCUGGUGGGCACAUCCAUCCGCUACCGGGUGCAGAAGAUCAGGCAGGGAAAGAUAACCGAACUCACCAUGCCUUCUGACCAAUAUGAGCUGCAGCUGCAGAACCACAUCCUGGCCCCGGAGGGAGACCCAGGCCGGCCAGUGGCGGUGUUGGCUCCGGACACACCAACAGUCACAGCUGUCCAGUUGGGCCAGAGCAGCCUGGUACUGGGCCACAGGAGUAUCCGCAUGCAGGAGGCGUCACGGUUACCCAACAGCACCAUCUACGUGGUAGAACCCGGAUACCUGGGGUUCACAGUACACCCUGGGGACAGGUGGGUGCUGGAGACUGGACGCCAGUAUGAAAUUGCUGUUGAGGUGCUUGACCAGGCAGGCAGCAGAGUAUUCCUGUCUGAUAACAUCCGCAUUGAGACAUAUCUGCCGCCCGAAUUCUUUGAGGUUCUCUUCUCCUCCCAGAAUGGCUCGUAUCAUCUGGUUAGGGCUGUGAAGAGAGGCCAGACGGCCAUCGAGGCCACCCUCACCUCCGUGGUAGACCAGGAUGGAGGUGUCCACACACUCCGGGUGCCGGUGUGGAACCAGCAGGAGGUGGAAAUUCAUGUCCCCAUCACCCUCCUUCCCAGCAUCUUGACGUUUCCAUGGCAACCAAAGACGGGCGCCUACCAAUACUCCAUAAAGGCACACGGCGGAAGUGGGAACUUCAGCUGGUCUUCGUCGAGCAGCAUGGUGGCCACUGUGACAGUCAAGGGGGUGAUGACCACGGGCAGCGACACUGGACUUAGUGUGAUCCAAGCACACGAUGUGCAGAACCCACUUCAUUUUGGGGAGAUGAAGGUCUAUGUGAUUGAGCCCAGCAGCAUGGCCUUUGCUCCCUGCCCAGUGGAGGCACGCGUGGGCCAGAGCCUGGAGCUGCCCCUGCGGAUCAUUGGUGUCAUGCCUGGAGGGGACGGCAAGCUGGUUCCCCUGAGUGACUGCUCACACUUCGACUUGGAGGUGCAGGUGGAGAGCCAGGGUGUGUUUCGGCCGCUCCCAGAGAGGCUGCAGCCAGGCACUGAGCAUUGCAGUGGCAUCCGGGUGCAAGCUGAGGCCCAGGGCUACACCACCCUCCUUGUCAGCUACCAGCAUGGCCACGUCCACCUGAGCGCCCGCAUCACCAUCGCUGCCUACCUGUCCCUUCAGGCCGUGGACCCCACCUCCGUAGCCCUGGUGACCUUGGGCUCCUCAAAGGAGAUGCUGUUGGAAGGGGGUCCUGGGCCCUGGGUCCUGGAGCCGUCUACCUUCUCUCGGAACGUGACCUCAGAGCACCCUGCCAGUGUCCAUGUGGCUCUCCUAGGCCCCCUGGCCUCCCGGAAUCACCAGCAGCAUCGGGUCUUGGUAACGUGUCAGGCGCUGGGUGAACAGAUCAUCUCCCUCUUCGUGGGGAACAAGCCCAGCGUCACCAACCCCUUCCCAGCGCUGGAGCCGUCCGUGGUGAAGUUCGUGUGCACCCCACCCUCACGCCUCACCCUGACGCCUGUCUAUGCCUGCCCCCCACUGGACAUGUCCUGCCCACUGCUGCAGCACAACAAGCAAGCGGUUCCCGUGUCCAGCCACCGUGACCCCCUGCUGGACCUGGCGGCCUAUGACCAGCAAGGACGCAAAUUUGACAACUUCAGCUCCCUUAGCCUCCACUGGGAGUCCAGUCGGCCGGCUCUAGCCAGCAUCGAAUCGACAGUACCCCUUCGGCUGGAAGCUGUGGACGAUGGGAGUGGCCAGAGGAAGCUACAUGGUUUGCAGGCCAUCACGGUUUACCAGAUGUCGGGGACUACAACUGUGACAGUCACUGCCACUGGCUACCAGCAGGCCCACCUGCGUGCAGCUGGAGCAAAACAGCUGCAUGGGCCCCUGGGGCCCGUGUCGGCCUCCAUCGAACUCAUUCUGGUGGAGGAUGUGCGAGUGAGUCCCGAAGUACUGACCAUCUACAACCACCCUGAGGUGCAGGCGGAGCUGCUCCUCAGAGAAGGUUCUGGCUACUUCUUCCUUAACACCAGUACUGCAGAUGUGGUCCAAGUGGUGUACCAGGAGGCCCGGAGCAUCGCUGUGGUACAGCCUCUGUUCCCAGGCUCUGUCACCGUCAUGGUCCAUGACUUGUGCCUCGCCUUCCCGGAACCGGCAAAGGUGGAUGUCUUCGUCUCAGACAUUCAGGAGCUGUACAUUCGCGUGGUUGACAAGGUGGAGAUCGGGAAGGCAGUCACGGCCCACGUUCGUGUGCUGGACUUCAACAAGAAGCCAUUCCUGGCCAAGUACUUUGCCUUCAUGGACCUGCGGCUUCGCACAGCCUCCCAGAUCGUCACCUUGGUGGCCCUGGAUGAGGCUUUGGAUAACUACACGGCCAUGUUCCGCGUCCAUGGUGUGGCCAUUGGCCAGACUAGUCUGACUGCCACUGUGACCGACAGAGCUGGACAGAGAAUCAACUCGGCCCCACAGCAGAUCGAGGUAUUUCCCCCAUUCAGACUGAUCCCUCGGAAGGUGACGCUGAUCAUCGGGGCCACGAUGCAGAUCACUUCUGAAGGUGGCCCCCAACCUCAGUCCAACAUUCUCUUCUCCAUUGGCAACACUAGUGUGGCACUUGUGACGGGCGCAGGACUGGUGCGGGGCCUCGCCGUGGGCAAUGCCUCCGUGUCAGGGGUAGUGCAGGCCGUGGACGCAGAGACCGGGAAGCUGGUCAUCGUGUCGAAGGACCUCGUGGAGGUGGAGGUGCUGCUUCUGCGGGCAGUGAGGAUCCGUGCGCCCAUCACACGCAUGCGGACAGGGACCCAGAUGCCCGUCUAUGUUACUGGGAUCACCAACAACCAGAAUCCUUUCUCCUUUGGCAAUGCUAUGCCCGGCCUGACCUUCCACUGGUCUGUCACCAAGCGGGACAUCCUGGACGUCCGAGGGCGGCACCACGAGGCAUCCAUCCAACUCACACCGCAGCACAACUUCGCCAUGAGUGUGCAUGGCCGGGGGCGAGGCCGCACGGGACUGCGGGUGGUGGUCAGGGCACUGGACCCCACCGCUGGGCAGCUGCAGGAUCUGGCUGCAGAGCUGUCGGACGAGAUCCAGAUCCAGGUAUUUGAAAAGCUGCGACUGGUGGACCCUGGAAUAGAAGCAGAACAAAUAUUAAUGUCGCCCAACUCAUUUAUAAAGCUUCAGACAAACAGGGACAGUGCCGCUGCCCUAAGCUACCAUGUCCUGGAUGGGCCUGAAAAAGUUCCUCUUGUGCAUAUUGACGAGAAAGGCUUCCUGGUGUCCGGCUCCGCCGUGGGCACAUCCACCAUCCAGAUCACUGCUCAGGAACAUUUUGGGGCCAACCAGACCAUCAUCAUUGCUGUCAAGGUAUCCCCCAUUUCCUACCUGAGGAUCUCCAUGAGCCCCGCCCUGCAUGCCCCCAACAAGGAGGCCCUGGUGGCCCUGCCUUUGGGGAUGACCGUGACCUUCACUGUCCACUUCCAUGACAACUCAGGAGACGUCUUCCACGCUCACAACUCCGUCCUCAACUUUGCCACCAAUAGAGAUGAAUUUGUGCAGAUUGGGAAGGGUCCCACCAACCACACCUGCAUGGUCCGGGCUGUCAGCGUGGGCCUCACCCUGAUCAGCGCCUGGGAUGCUGAGCAUGCCGGUCUCUCCGACUUCGUGCCGUUGCCUGUCCUCCAGGCCAUCUCCCCGCAGCUGCCAGGCACGUUGGUAGUGGGAGACGUCCUCUGCCUGACAGCUUCCCUGCUCAGUCCUGAAGGCCUCCCCGGAACCUGGAGCUCCUCUGCCAGCAACAUCCUCCACGUGGACCCCAAGACCGGUGUGGCCGUGGCCAGGGAUAUAGGACUUGUGACUGUCCACUACGAGGUCGCCGGACACCUGAGAACAUACAAGGAGAUGGUGGUCAGCGCCCCCCAGAGGAUCUUAGCACGUCACACCCAUGCUCGCCAGCCCAGCUCCCAGGACGUGAUGACCUCCAGAGUGACCAUCACUAUGGGUGACAGGAACUCCAACCUGCGUGGUGAGUGCUCCUCCGCUCAGCUGGACGUCAUCGAGACCCUGCACCCAGAGUCCCUCAUCAGCUGCCAGCUCCAUUUCAAGCAGGACGAAUUUGACUUCCAGGCGCGGGACGUCUUCACCGCUGAGCCUGGCUUUGAUGCUUCUGUGGGCCGGUACCUGUGCUCAGUGACCAUGCGCAGGCUGACCAACAAGCAGCUGAAACAGCUCAGCAUGAGGAAGGCGGCUCUGGUGGCCACUGCUUCACUCGUGGGCCACCACUUGCAGGCGGAAAAGGUAGAGGCUGAGGUGCCCUUCAGCCCAGGCCUUUAUGCAGACCAGGCCGAAAUCCUCUUGAACAACCACUACAGCAGUGCCGAGCUCAAGGUCUUUGGAGCUGCAGAGAUCCUGGACAGCUUGGAGGUAAAAUCCGGCUCCCCGGCUGUGCUGGCCUUCGCAAAGGAGAAGUCUUUAGGACUGCCCAGCUUCGUCACCUAUACCAUCGGGGUCUCAGACCCGGCCGCCGGCAGCCAGGGGCCUCUGUCCACCGCCCUGACCUUCUCCAGUCCCAUCACGAACCAGGCCAUCAGCAUCCCCGUCACUGUGGCCUUCCUGACAGACCGCCGAGGGACGGGGCCUUACGGAACCAGCCUCUUCCAGCACUUCCUGGACUCGUACCAGAUCAUGUUCUUCACACUCUUUGCCAUGCUGGCUGGGACCGCCGUCAUGAUCAUAGCCUACCACACCAUCUGCACACCCCGGGAACUCGCCUCUUCUGCGACCCUAUCCCCACGCACUGGCCCACAGCACAGCCGGCACUAUGCAGCAAACUUGUCGCCGAUGCCUUUCAACACGUUGCCCCCUGUGCGCAGAGCCAGCCCACCCUCGGGGCUCUGGAGCCCGGCCUAUACCUCCCACUAGGACCGUCCUGCUGGACACAGCCUGGAGCCAGCCCUCCGCCUGGGGCCCUGUCCCCCAACCCCUGUGCUUGCCUGGAGCUCUAGGUUCACCUGCGGCUUGUUCUCUUCCUUUGUCUUUGCUUGGACCCCCAACUGAGACUCUCCUGUUCAUGCCUUCAUGCCUGGCGGUCCAGGCAUCUGGGCGAGGACACUGUGGAUUUGUUUUCCCGGGGUUGCACACAGCGCUCCAUCCGUUUACUAGCCUCAGAGCCAGCCGCAGCUCUGAGGAAAAGUGUCCGUCCAAGUCCAAGGGACUGCGGUGAUCUCAGGGAAAGGACUUUUUCAUGGUUUUAUAUUUUUUGUAGGUUUUCUCCCCUGUAGAAACUUGCCUCCCCCAGAGUUUCACUGCUGCCAGAAAAUGAGGGGGGCCCCCAAGCGGGAAAGGGGCGGGGUCUCAGGG